CAUGAUAGCCAAUUAGCCACCACAAAACAUCUCUAAAUUUACAAUUUACAAAAUCAACUAUAGCUCGGAGAUGAAAAACAUAAACUGGAACAACAUCCUGUUAUUUUUUAACUUCACGCUUAAAUAGAUUUCCAUAUGUAAGAUGAUUUUUCUCACUACAGGGGGUCCCAGCAUUCAGGAUGGAUUCCAGCAACAUGUCCAACGCGACGUACGAGAACGACCUCGGCCCAUGUUACUUUGAUCAGGACAUUAACAAAUUCAUACAAUACGUGUUGCCCGUCAUCUACUCUUUGCUCUUCUUCUUCGGCCUCUCGCUGAACGCCAUGGUGCUAUUCUUCAUCACGUUCCGCACAAAGCACUGGACCCCGUCCACCAUCUACAUGCUCAACUUGACCUUGUGCGACAUCCUGUACGUCUUCACGCUGCCCUUCUUCAUCUACAACUGGGUUAACAACUGGCCCUUUGGCGAAGCAUUCUGCAAAAUCUGUAGAUUUCUCUUCGAAGCCAAUCACUAUGGCUCCAUUGUUUUCCUGGCUGCCAUCAGUCUGCAUCGCUUCAUUGGUAUCUGCUACCCGGUCCGUUCCCUCAGCUGGAACAGCAAUCGACGUGCCAAGCUGGUGUCUGUGGGUGUUUGGGCCUGUGUGCUCACUGGUCAGGCACCCGUUCUCCACUUCGGUGGCAUAGGGGAAAACGACAAUAGCUCUUAUUGCUAUGUCCUCACGAACCAGACGCUCUCAGGUGCAUUCCUAGUCUACAGCUCCGUGAUCUCCGUGGUGAUGUUCGUCCUGCCCUUCAUGCUGGUGAUGGUGUGCUACGGCCUGAUGGUGCGCAAGUUGCUGGAGCCCAGCUGGGUAUCAGGGGAGGGCCAGCAGGGACUCCGGGCGGCCCACCGCACCAAGCAGAAGUCGGUGAAGAUGAUCAUCAUCGUGCUGAUGACGUUCGUGUUCUGCUUCCUGCCCUACCACCUGAUCGAAUUCUGGAGACGCCUCAUUCUAGAUGAUUCAGAAGAGAUGACCUGUAAAAUGUGGGGACAGUUCUUCAUAGCCCUCCAGGUGACCUGGCUGAUGGCCAGCGCCAACAGCAUCAUGGACCCCAUCCUCUACUUCAUGGCUGGCCAAGACUUCCGUAAAAACAUGAUGAAGAAGCGAAAUAAAUCUGAAAACACGCUUCCAGAAUGUGCAAAUACAGUGUUGACGGCGUCACUGUGAUAUAGCAUCAAAGUCCGGUCUCAGCACGACCCAGACUGCUGAAGUGGAGCUCAAAUCAGCAUAUUCGUCAAAAUCCCACAAACCUACAUUUAGUUUGUAUGUGUCGUGUCUCGUUAUUGUUGUAAAGGUAUGUCUUACAGAGUACUGCAUUA